AUGGCUUCGGAUGACAUUGCUGGAUCGCUCUUCGCGUUUGAGUAUGCCGAUAUCAAGCUCAAUGGAAAGCCCGGAUUGAAGAAGACGAAGUAUUCACUCACGCCAUUCGAUCGAACCCUUCCUGUGCCGUAUCAUAGAAGGGCUGGGCGUCACGAACCAAUUCUUCUAACAGAGAAGGAACUCCCAUACUGGGCAGCUACCGGGGAGUACAGGCAUCGCAUUCCAAGGAAGUAUCCUUGUGACUUUACGAGAAAAGGAGAUGGCGAAAAGCUUCGAAGAGGGGAGCUCACGAAGCCUGUCCCGAAAGCCGAGCCACCCUGUGCGAUGGCUUUCAGGAAACGGGAUAAUCCACCAAACAGUCUCUUUAGAAAACUCUACGAGCGAGGAGAUUUGCCGAUCCAAGUGGAUCACAGCACUGCAAAGAUUGCGCUCUUGUGGAAAACGGAUGUAAAAAAGCUUGACUAUCACCACUACCUUCCCAUCUUUUUCGAAGGAAUUCGGGAGAAGGAAGACCCAUACCGGUUCAUUGCCGUCAAGGGGUCCGAAGAUCUUCUCAAGACCGGACAAGGUAAAAUCCUCGCGUGUGUUCCGCAGCUCAUAAUUCCGAUCAAAACAGCUCUCAACACCAGAGAUCCGGGAGUUAUCACCAUAGCUCUCCAGUUGCUAUGCAAACUCGUCGUAUCCGAGGAAUUGAUCGGCCAGUCCCUCGUCCCAUACUACCGCCAGCUCCUCCCGAUCCUCAACAUCUUCAAAAACAACGUGAGAAACUUGGGAGGCCACAUCGACUACGGCCAGCAAAAGAAGAACUGCAUGGGCGAACUGGUGGAGAAAACUCUGGAGCUCUUCGAGACGCACGGCGGCGAGGACGCCUUCAUCAACAUCAAGUACAUGGUCCCCACAUAUGAAUCCUGCGUCAUGGGAUAGAAGAUCUCGUUCCCAGAGCUCUCUAAGUAGUAGUCAAGGAGUGAUAAAGGUUCCUCCAUUUUUGUAUCUCUUCUAUUCCAUUUUUUUCUAUGUAGAGCAUUUCGUUG